AUGGCUCAUGCAUUGAAUAGAUUAGCCGAAUUAGUACGUGCAGAAUAUCCUUCUGUUAAUUAUUUAAUUAAUAACGGAAAAAAGGUCUUUUUAAAAGCUCCCCUAAGGGUAGAAUUUUACAAAGAAAUGGCUCCUGGCUUGCCCUUACCACCUGAGCCUGUUAUUACAAGAUGGGGUACAUGGCUCAAUGCUGCCUUGUUUUAUGCAGAUAAUUUCGUAAUAAUCAAAGAAAUUUUUCAUUCGCUUGACGCUGAUUCUAUAGCACUUAGAUCUUGUAAGGAAUCGAUACUAGAGUCAAACAUUUUAGAAGACUUAGCCUUUAUUAAAGCUGAUUUUUUCAUGUUAGCAAAAGCAAUAAUGGAGCUGGAAACUACCCAGUUGUCAUUAAACGACUCUUUCAGAAUCUUAGAAAAAGUGAUUGAAGAACUAAGUCUUAUUCCUGGUGAAACUGGAAACAAAAUUAGGGUUAAAUGGGAAAGUGUUUUAUCUUGCAGUCCUGGAUACCAACAAAUAAAAAAUGUUUGUUACAUUUUGAGAGGACAGAACCAAAUUGAUCCGGAUAUUAAAAUGAAGCCUUCAGACAUAGCUUCCUUGAAAUUUGCGCCGAUCACAUCAUGUGAUGUGGAGCGUUCAUUUUCGGCAUUUAAAAAUUUAUUAACAGACAAACGCCAUAAUUUAAGCUUGGAUAGUAUUAACCAGUUAUUAGUUUUAUACUGCAACCCUAUCGUUUAACUUUUUGUGUGGGUUAGUUUGGAUUAGUACUGUACUGUUCAUUACAGAAAAACCUAUUUUGUUUUGUUGACUUUUAGUUUAAUAUUAUUUGAUAUGAUAUUAUAUUAAUUAUUAUAUUAAACAUAAU